CGCCGGGGCGGGGGCGGGCGCAGCCUCCCGGCCUCGCAACGGCAGCAACGGCCGAGGCGGGCGGGGUCAAGAUGGUGGCUCCGCUGGCGGGGGAGGCGCUGGAGGGAGGAGGAGCCAGACCCUAGCCGGCCGGAAACACCGACGCCCCGAGGCCUCCCGGGAGCCGCCGCCGCCGCCGCCGCCGCCGCUGCCGCCGCCGCCGCUCCCGGCUCCACCGAGGGACGCGAGCGAGCGAGCCAGCGGGCGGGGGGCGGGGCGGGCGGGCGGAGGGCGGGGACACAGGACAGGAGGCGGGCGGGGGCGGAGCCACUCUCCUGGGCGCCCGCCCCGCCCCGCCCCGGCCCGCCCCGGCCCGGCCGCGGCCCCGGGCCUCCCCCGCGCCACCCCGCCCGCCCGGCCCGCCCAGCCCCGGUGCGGCAGCGGCUGAUGGCGGCGGUGGGGCCCCCGCAGCAGCAGCAGCGGCAGCAGCGGCGGCAGCAGCAGCAGCAGCAGCAGGUGCGGAUGGCCCGGCAGCAGGUCUGGGCGGCGCUGGAAGUGGCGCUCCGGGUGCCCUGCCUCUACAUCAUCGACGCCAUCUUCAACUCGUACUACGACUCCAGCCAGAGCCGGCUCUGCCUCGGGCUCCAGAUCGUCCUCCGGCUCCUGGGUAUAAUUGUGUCCAGUACUGUGCUGAUUUUGUCCCAACGAUCACUCUUCAAGUUUUACAUGUACAGCUCGGCCUUUCUCUUAGCUGCAACGUCAGUGCUGGUCAAUUACUAUGCUGCUUUGCACAUUGACUUCUAUGGCGCCUACAACACAUCAGCUUUUGGAAUCGAGCUGCUCCCUCGGAAGGGACCUUCACUGUGGAUGGCACUCAUCGUCCUGCAGCUGACCUUUGGAAUUGGAUAUGUCACACUGCUCCAUAUCCAGUCCAUCUAUUCACAGCUGAUUAUUUUGAAUAUCUUGGUUCCUGUAAUCGGCUUAAUCACAGAGCUACCAUUACACAUGAGAGAGACUCUAGUUUUCACCUCAUCUUUGAUUCUCAUAUUAAACACAGUGCUUGUCUUGGCAGUGAAACUUAAGUGGUUUUAUUAUUCCACACGGUAUGUUUACCUGUUAGUGAGGCAUAUGUACCGAAUUUAUGGACUACAGUUACUGAUGGAGGACACAUGGAAGAGGAUUCGUUUCCCAGACAUACUUCGGGUCUUCUGGCUAACAAGAAUCACAGCUCAGGCUACAGUGUUAAUAUACAUUUUAAGGAUGGCAAAUGAAAGUGAGUCCUUGUUUAUUUCUUGGGAUGAUUUCUGGGACCUCAUUUGCAAUCUGAUAAUUAGUGGGUGCGAUUCUACCCUGACUGUGCUAGGCAUGAGCGCCGUCAUUUCGUCAGUGGCCCAUUACUUGGGUCUUGGCAUACUGGCCUUUAUUGGAUCAACGGAAGAGGAUGACAGACGGCUUGGCUUUGUUGCUCCUGUGUUGUUUUUCAUUUUGGCUCUUCAGACUGGCUUAAGUGGACUGCGACCUGAAGAGAGACUGAUCCGCUUAAGUAGAAACAUGUGCCUUUUAUUAACCGCAGUCCUGCAUUUCAUCCAUGGGAUGACAGACCCCGUGCUGAUGUCUCUCAGUGCCUCCCACGUGUCGUCAUUCCACAGACACUUCCCUGUGCUGUUUGUCUCUGCCUGCCUGUUUACUCUUCCUGUUUUCCUCAGCUAUGUCCUUUGGCAUCACUAUGCACUAAAUACAUGGUUGUUUGCGGUGACCGCCUUCUGUGUGGAACUCUGCCUGAAAGUAAUAGUGUCUCUCACUGUUUAUACGCUCUUCAUGAUUGAUGGCUACUACAAUGUCCUCUGGGAGAAGCUCGACGAUUAUGUCUACUUCGUUCGCUCAACAGGCAACAUUAUCGAAUUUAUAUUUGGAGUAGUAAUGUUUGGGAAUGGGGCCUACACCAUGAUGUUUGAGUCAGGAAGUAAAAUUCGGGCUUGUAUGAUGUGCCUCCAUGCGUAUUUUAACAUCUACUUACAAGUUAAAAAUGGCUGGAAGACAUUCAUGAACCGUAGAACUGCUGUGAAGAAAAUCAACUCACUUCCUGAAAUAAAAGGGAGCCACUUGCAAGAAAUAGAUGACGUCUGUGCCAUCUGCUACCAUGAGUUUACAACAUCUGCUCGGAUUACACCGUGUAACCAUUACUUCCAUGCACUCUGCCUCCGGAAAUGGCUGUACAUUCAAGACACUUGUCCAAUGUGCCACCAGAAAGUGUACAUCGAAGAUGAUACCAAGGAUAAUUCAAAUAUUUCUAACAACAAUGGAUUUAUUGCACCCAAUGAAAACCCGAAUCCAGAGGAAGCUCUGAGAGAAGGCGCUGCCGGACCCGACCGAGACCUGAACGAGGACGCCAGUACAGACUGCGAUGCUGCCGAUGCUCGGCGGGAGAGAAACAGAGGGAUUCAGCACACGGGCGCAGCAGCAGCAGCGUUUAAUGAUGACACUGAUUAAAGUAGCAUUUACUAAUCAUUGAGGUAUUUGUUUAAAAUUCAGUUCAUCCAAAAUGGAGUAAUAUGCUUCACAUCAGUGUGUAACCAAGCACAAAACCAGUAUCGAUGUUGAAACUGUGAAUGAUUUUCCGUUUACUGUGAUGUGCUACUGUAAAUAUACCUCUUUAAUUACUUCUGGUCUCUUUGGUGACCUAUUUAAAUUUGUGUACAUUAUUGUACAUAGAAUAAAAUGUUUUCACGUUUUUAUGACAAAAGUUGAACAAAUAACUUCUUAAUAGAGAUAAUGGUCACAUGGUGCGUCAGCUGUGCCAAAGAUUCCUCCAGGAAAUUAGAAAAUAUCCAAUGCUGGACCCUAGUUUUUCUUUAGAAUGAGUGGGAAAAUUAAAGUGCAAAAGAAGGGAACUUCAGUGUAAAAUUAAAGAUGAGAUGAAAGAAUUUGCAUUAGAAAGGCUAUCUUGUUUUAACUAAGGGACGAUAACCUGUUAGAAGCAACUGAGAAACUUGAAAUCUGAGCUGCAACUUCGAGCUGGGUUCAAGAGUCAGGGACUGAGAACUGAGAAAUAGGCUUGUUAUCACCCAAGCUUCGAUACAAACCAGGGUGUACUGUGUACAAACAUCAGUGUCCUUCAGACUUUUGGUGAAAUUACACAAUAAAAAGGUGGUCAUUGUUAACUAAGGCACUAAUUGCCUAAACAGUGCUGCUCCGACUUUCUGGGUCAAAGUGAGGGAGCAGUGUACAGUGCUCCCGCUUCAGAGCACCGCUGGGAAGAGUCCCCCAAUGACGCCUACAGAUUUACUAUGAAAUUCCACUUCUUAAAAAGAAAACACGGACAAUUAAGUAUCAGGAAAAAAAGAUUUUAAUGGUGUUGUUAUAUAGUGUGUUGGCUAGUUCCAGUGGAUCUUCUUCUCUUACGGCCGCCAUUAUCUCCAAUAUUUGACUAAAACAAAACACAGAAGAAUCAACUUUCUAAGACUAUAUUGUUUCAAAGGUAUAGAAUCACCUUUUCCUGUGUAAGAGGUCUUGUACCCUUCCUAAGAAAGUUUAAAUAAGUUGUCAGUAAUAUCAGUAGGAAAACAUUACUAGUCACUGGCAAUAAGAAAGUUCUGGAGCUAACAAGCAUAUAAAAUCUAAAACCAGGGUCAUGUAAUUGCAAUAGUAAUGGAACUGUCCUGGAGUUAGGAGUCCUUUUGUAGGUCAUAGCACAUGUGUUACUGGAUAAUGAGCAUCUUAAAAAUGAAAUGUAUGCUGCACAUAAUACAGGUUAAGUACCUUUCUACUUUGGGUUUAGUUUUAUUUACACGUGCACAUGCUCGCGCAUGCUCGCGCGCACACACACGCACAAUGAUGGUGUUGGGGUGAGCAGGGCCAAGCCUUGGAAGGCAUUGCUUACUGCACUGGUCUUUAAGGGACAGCAGGAUAGCUGUGUACACAUAAACAGGUAACAGAUACAGAAGGUGGUGGUAUUGGAGGGCUCUGGUCUUGUACACAGAGCAGAGUGAAGCGCCCAGAGGCCUCUCUGCACAGAAUGAUGAUCGGCAGUAGUGGUUCCCUAGAAAUGUUGUCUGUGGUUCGUUUUUAAACAUGGAUUAGAAAGUUACAGUCUAAAUUAAACAUUUGAAUAUUC